AUUAUUAUCACCGCUGUUGUUUGCUCCAUAUAUAAUUACAAUUAUAUUCCUAAAGAAACGUAAAUGUAAUGGCUGAGAGUGUCAUAACCUAAUAACGAUCACGUUCAGUGUCUUAUUGGUGUGAACUUUAUUCCGGAAUUUGUGUUGCGUUUAAGUCUGAUGCCAUGUAGAAAUAAUGGUUAUGGCUUUCAGAUGGCAACAUCGCCUUUUAAUCUAAUAUGAGGCCUACAAUUAGAAUAUGCAGAAUUCAAAAAGUGUUUGUUUAUAAAUUAAAGCGAAAGCAAGACGAUGAGCAUCUGCUGUUAGUGUGGGGAGUGUUUGACGUAUUGGUGUUCGUGUGUGUAUAUAGAAAGUGCGAGCAUCAGGCGUUGGCUUGCCAGCGAUGUCUGGCAUUACAUUGACCAAAUUAACUCAAGAACGAAUUUCCAUUCCAAACAACAAUGUCAUCACGAACGGCGUCGAAAACAACAUAGAUAGUGACACGCUUAGUGGUACUCUGACUCAUCUUAUGGAAGAGCAUCGCACGCGGGUGGGAGCGGUAACUGGACCAGAAGCAGCGACCACGUCUACAGACGGCCUAAUAUCGAAUGGAGCAGAGCGACUGCGACUUCAGGGCAGUCGGCUUCAGACCUCGCGCUUUGCUUGCUUUCGAUGUUGCGGAAAUAUUAUCACAUAUCUAGUAAGGCUGCGUAGUACCCCUGAGGAACUGGAGCAGCGCUACAAGUCCAAAGAGAUUGAUAAGUUCCUGGAAAAAGAAAAACACACCUUUCGACGUCAGGUUAAACUGCUGCUUUUAGGUGCUGGGGAAUCUGGAAAAUCAACUUUUCUUAAACAAAUGCGAAUCAUUCAUGGAGUUAACUUUGAUUAUGAACUGUUGCUGGAAUACCAAAGUGUCAUAUACCAAAACGUUAUAAGAGGUAUGCAAGUCUUGUUGGACGCUCGCGAAAAAUUAAACAUUGCGUGGGGAAGUGACGGCAGAGAACAGGAUGCUUAUGAUGCCAAAUUAAUGGAAUGUAAUUCACUAGACGUACCCAAGUUUAUGGAGUAUGCACCACCAAUAAGUCGACUGUGGCAAGAUCGUGGCAUUAGAAGAGCUUUUGAAAGAAGACGUGAAUUUCAAAUUAGCGAUUCUGUAAGCUAUUUCCUAGACGAGAUUCAACGGCUAGCUACACCUGAUUAUGUGCCAACGCACAAGGACAUAUUACAUUGCCGGAAGGCAACUAAGGGUGUUUAUGAGUUUUGUGUGAAAGUUCAGAACAUUCCAUUUGUGUUCGUUGAUGUUGGUGGACAGCGAACUCAACGUCAAAAAUGGACUAGAUGUUUUGAUAGCUCCGUAACAUCCAUUAUAUUUCUCGUAUCUAGUUCGGAGUUCGAUCAAGUUCUUGCGGAAGACAGAAAAACCAAUCGUCUCGAAGAGUCAAAGAAUAUAUUUGAUACAAUUGUCAACAACGCGACAUUUAAAGGAAUAUCAAUUAUUUUAUUUCUGAACAAAACAGACUUGCUUGAACAAAAAGUUUGCAAUCCUGAGACUGACAUUCGCUGGUACUAUCCGCACUUCAACGGAAAUCCACACUCAGUUUUAGAUGUUCAGAACUUCAUACUACAAAUGUUUAUGAGCGUUCGUCGCAGUAGUAGCAUAAGUAGGAUCUACCAUCAUUUUACCACAGCCAUAGAUACGCGUAAUAUUAAUGUUGUCUUUAAUUCUGUUAAGGACACAAUACUGCAGCGUAACCUUAAUGCUCUUAUGCUUCAGUAGUAACCACCAUUCUUAUAAACAAAAAUGAAGAGUAAGAACUUGCAGUUAUUUUAAACGACCCAUGAACAGAAUUUUACAAUCGUGAGACUGACCCUUGCUGAAGCUAUUUGCAAUUCAAAGGGAAAUGCACAUGGUUUUCAAUGCCUUAGACACGUGAAGUUAAGCUACAGUGAAAUCCUUCGGUAACUAUGAUAAAUAACUAUAUAUAAUGAUAAAAACCGAGACUACAGCAUUUUAAUAUGCAUAUAGACUUAUUUAAACCCAUCGGCAAACUUAGUUAUCGUGGUAUUUGUGAUAUAAUAAUAUUAAUAACAACUUUUUAACAUAUGCAUUUUAUAUGGUAGCAUAUGUUGAUUUAUAUUAAUAUUAUCGAUAUAUUAAAACGGAUGUUGUCAAUAUCAAAAAUAUUGUUUUAUAUGUAUUUUGCGUGCAUCUUCGUUUUGAAAAGCCAUUAACCAAUUUAUGUGAGAUUUUAAAAGCAGCUGAAAUAUUUUUAAAUGGUCGUUAAAAGUAACAGAUGUUUUAUAUGGUAGCAUCUGUUGAUUUCUUUGAAAAUGAAUGAAAUAUUGAAGCGGAUGUUACAAUAUACUACACAAAAUUGAUCGUUAAGUAUAUCGUAGGCGUUUUCGUUUUAAGAAGCUAAUCACCGCUGUGCGUCAAAUUUAAAAAGCAGCAGACACUUUUUUACGUGGGUGAUAAAAGUUAUAUCGACUUCUAAUGGAAUGAUGUGACUGUAUACCACACUUUAAAACGGAUUUAAAAUAAAUUAAAAAAUUAUAUGGAAAUUUAAUAUAUACACCUCUAUCCAUCUAUAUCUGAUGCAAUGUGGAAGUAAUAAUAGGAAUUGGUAGUCGUAUUCAUAUUACUUUAUGUUUUAAAUAUCAUGUGCAACACAGAAAAUACACGGAAUUUAUACCUACUAAGAAUGAACAAGAUUUUUAAACUGCUCAAUAAAAUAAGUCUACAGAAUAAAUGAAAUUUAAACGUUAAAUUUUAAUCUAACUAGGU